AUGGUGGUUGUUGCUGUAGCUGGUGGGACUGGAACAGUCGGCCGUACCAUAGUGGACUUUAUGGUUCAUUCGGGCAAACACAACGUCUUUGUGCUUACCAGAGGGGUUCUAGGGCCCACCUUCAACAAGUUGGCGACAAGUUUGUCGAUAGACUACAACAAUGUCAAUCAUAUCAAGCAUACUCUUCAAGAGAACAGCAUUGAGGUUGUCGUAUCAGCUCUGCUUCUAUUCAAUGAGGCAGCGUUCAAGUCACAGAUCAAUUUGAUCCGUGGUGCUGCUGAAUCAACGACUGUGACCAAGUUCAUCCCCUCUGAGUAUCACAUUAACUUCGAACGUUCGAUCAAGUGGGGCGCCUUCCCAAACAAACCAUACCAAAUUGAAUCCGUACGUGAGCUUGAGCGCCAUCCCCGGCUCGCUUGGACUCUCAUCCGUAAUGGUCUGUUCAUGGACUACCUAGGCAUGCCCUUCCACGCCAAGCCAACACAUCUUAUGUCCUGGUGCAUAUUCCUCGACUUGGAGCAGGAGACCUGCGUCUUCCCUGGAGAUGGAGAACAGACCAUGAUAUUCACCCACUCCACUGACCUUGCUGCAUAUGUCAACUGCCUCAUCGAUAUGCCAGCCGGUAAUUGGCCGCGUGAAUCGCUCAUUAUGCCGUGCCGGAUACGACUAAAAGACCUGGCCCGGAUCAUGGAGAAUAUCACGGGCCGAGAUUUUCGAGUAACGUAUGACUCGACUGACGCCAUUUACAAUGGUCAGAUAACGCAGCUUCCGGCGAAUAAAAAACUCUUUUCUGACCCAUUUUGGGGCCCGCUUUACCAGCUAGUGGAAAAGGAAGUCGUAUACACACUCUUAAGUGAUGGGUACGACUUGAGUGGACAAAACCUUGCUGAUCUCUUUCCUGGCGUUACGCCCACUGACUUGGAAGAUUUUCUGAGGCAGAGUUGGAAACUGAAGGAAGAGAAGAAGCUGUAG